AUGAAAGACAUUCUGAAACGAGCAAGUACGGUUGACUGCAAACCGGUAACCACGCCAGUUUCACUUACCAAACCCACGGAUGGUCCUGUGGUUCCCUACGCAGACCUGACUCACUACCGCAGUCUUGCAGGAACCCUACAGUAUCUUACGGUCACCCGUCCUGAUCUGUCCUAUGCUGUUAAUCGUCUGUGCCAGUAUAUGCAUGCUCCUACCACUGCGGAUUGGACGGCCUUGAAGAGGGUUCUGCGCUAUGUCAAUGGCUCUCUCAAUCUUGGUCUUCACAUAUCUUGUUUUGACUCUCUUGAUAUUCAUGCUUAUUCUGACUCAGAUUGGGCUGGCAAUCCGGACGAUAGAAAAUCUACAAGUGGUUUUGCUGUUUUUAUUGGGAAGAAUCUUAUAUCUUGGGUAUGUCGCAAACAACGGAUAGUGGCUCGUUCCUCGACUGAAGCCGAAUACAAGGGGUUAGCUGAUGUCUCUGCUGAAGUCACCUGGCUUGUUUCUCUACUGAGGGAAAUCGGCUUCCCACCCGUGUCUGCGCCAAAGCUGUGGUGUGACAACUUAGGGUCAACUUAUUUAUGCGCUAAUCCUAUCUUUCAUGCCCGCACGAAGCACAUUGAGAUUGACUACCAUUUUGUUCGCGAUAAAGUAGCCAAGAAGGAGAUCCAAAUCAACUUUAUCUCAACCAAGGAUCAUAUAGCUGAUAUUUUUACUAAAAUUUUAUCUACUUUACGUUUUAAUUCACUCCGUCACAAGCUCAAUUUUUUUGGCUAG